GAAAAUAUGCGGGGAGUUGUGGGCAGAAAGCAAAGCGGGCUUCCUUGGAUCCUACGGAGCAUGCGCGGCUACAUUUGAGCAUGCUCACUUGUACCGGAAACAAGGGUCUGACGAUUAAGAGAACAUUACCCUACACCGGAGGGAGGCUCAGGAGAGUACCUCAAAUGGACAUAAAAAUGUGACAUUCUGCUUUCUGUGCCAAGCUCCAAACAUUUUUAUUGACUUCUCACUAGGCAUCAGCCACCAUGCAGCAAGCUUUAGAACUUGCAUUGGAUCGUGCUGAGUAUAUCAUUGAAAGUGCACGUCAGAGGCCUCCCAAGCGGAAAUAUUUAUCCAGUGGAAGAAAAUCUGUAUUUCAAAAAUUAUAUGAACUCUAUCUAGAAGAAUGUGAUAAGGAGCCUGAAAUAAAGCAGAAGCUGAGACGAAAUGUGAACUUGCUGGAGAAGCUGGUUAUGCAGGAGACGUUGUCAUGCCUGGUAGUGAACCUUUAUCCGGGGAACGAAGGGUAUUCACUAAUGCUCAGAGGAAAGAAUGGCUCAGAUUCAGAAACCAUUCGGCUUCCUUAUGAAGAGGGAGAGCUGCUUGAGUAUUUGGAUGCAGAAGAGCUGCCCCCUAUCUUAGUUGAUCUCCUGGAAAAAUCUCAGAUUAAUAUUUUCCACUGUGGAUGUGUCAUAACGGAAAUACGUGACUAUAGACAGUCUGGUAAUCCGAAAUCUUCAACAUACCAAAGCAAGCACAUUCUUUUGCGCCCAACAAUGCAGACCUUGAUUUGUGAUGUGCAUUCCAUUACAAGUGACAACCACAAAUGGACGCAGGAAGACAAACUUUUACUAGAAAGCCAACUUAUACUAGCUACAGCGGAACCUCUGUGUCUAGAUCCUUCAAUCUCAGUAACUUGCACUGCAAACAGGCUCCUCUAUAACAAGCAGAAAAUGAAUACUCGCCCAAUGAAACGGUGCUUCAAAAGAUAUUCCAGGUCAUCUAUGAAUCGACAGCAGGAGGUGUCUCACUGCCCAACUCCCCUGCAGCUCAGGUUGCUUGAUUAUUUGCAAAAAAGGAAGGAAAGAAAAGGAGCCCAACAGUAUGACCUCAAAAUUUCCAAAGCUGGAAAUUGUGUAGAUAUGUGGAAACGGAAUCCUUGCUACUUGAUUGCACCAUCUGAAGUUGAUGUGGAAAAAUAUGCUAAAGUGGAGAAGUCUAUGAAGCCUGAUGACUCGCAACCAAGUGUCUGGCCAGCACACGAGGUAAAAGAUGAUUAUGUCUUUGAAUGUGAAGUUGGCAGUCAGCUUGAGAAAACAAAACUGACCAUUUUUCAGUCAUUGGGAAAUCCAUUAUACUAUGGUAAAGUACAAAUGAUUAAAGGUGAUGAAGAUGAGAAUCCAGCAACUCCAUCGCAUUUUCUUAUUGGCUCAAAGUCAGAAGCAGAAAGAGUAGUCAACCAGUACCAGGAGCUUCUUCAAAAUGAAGCCAAGUGCUCAGUAAAGAUGUAUCAUAACUCAAGUGGAUCAGUCCACCAUCUGGGUCAGCUUUCUCCUGGCAAAGAAAUGGAACAGCCUGAGAGUGUGUCUGGUUUUAUUCAGUCUUCAGUGCUGGGAAAAGGUGUGAAACAUCGACCUCCUCCUAUCAAACUACCUUCAAGUUUGGGAAGUAGCUCUUCAGGUAAUAUUUUUAGUGCACAGCAGUCAAGUGGCCUCCUAAAAUCCCCAACUCCUCCUCCCCCCAAGCCUCCGAAUGUGUCUCGGAAACAGUCUCUGGAUCUGAAUCAGCUGAGCAUGCUCUCUCCAGCUGCUACAUCUCCUGCAAGCUCUUCACAAAGGACUGGAACUCCUAAACCAUCUCCUCCUCCUCCAACCAACACCCCUUCAUCGACCCCACACCCUCCUGAUGCUCAGAGCUCCACUCUGGUCACCCACUCUGCCACCCCUCCUCCCCAAGAUUCAGGCUUCGCCCCUCAGUCCACUUUGCUAACCCCGCUUGCUCAGCAGCAAAUGUCUCUGAGCCAGGCACUGCCUGUAAUGACCAUUCCUCUUUCCACCAUGGUAACGUCCAUUACUACAGGAACCUCCUCCAACCAGGUCAUGACAAACACUGCAGGACUUAACUUCAUCAAUGUAGUGGGCUCUGUGUGUGGAGCACAGACAUUGAUGAGUGGCUCAAACCCCAUUCUGGGGUGCAGUACUGGUGCAAUUACCCCUUCAGGCAUAAACCUAAGUGGCAUUUUACCAUCAGGAGGUCUGGUGCCAAAUACACUACCUGCUACAAUGCAGUCCACCUCUCAGCCAGCAGGUGGUCCUUUUGGUUUAAAAAAUGCUCCAGGCCUUCACCCUUUGAAUCUGCUACAGCUUCCAGGUGGCUCGCUGAUUUUCAACCCUCUCCAGCAGCACCAGCAACAACUCUCCCAGUUCUCUUCUCAGCAGCCUACAACCUCUACUCCUCAGCAACAGGGUGAUCAGCAGUUGCGAUUCUUCCACCACCAAAUGGUUAUGGUGGCAGCGGCGGCACAAGCAGCUCAGCUCCAACACCAUCAUUCAGGCAGCCAGUCAGGAAGUAAAAAGAAGCACCUCAACACUGUCAAAGUCCUAAAACUUGCAUUUGAGAUUAUAUCUUUAAAGGGAUUUUUUUAUUAUUUAAACAAAAUAAAAUCUUUACAUUUUCUGGUGGAGUUGAAUUUGAGUUUAUACUGUGAAGCAUGCAAACUGUACAUGGCAACCAACCAAUCUUGUGAGAUACAGAAUUUUUUUUCUAAUUAGCUUAACACUGGUUUUUGUAAGGAAACUAAAACAUUUUAAAGUAGCGUUUUGCCAAUUUGCAAAUAGGCAACACUGUACAUACUUGAAGACAGAAUAUCUUAAAAUAAUGGACUUUGGAAAAGGAUGUUUGAAAUAAAGGGACUGUGAGCACUGUAUAGCCAAUACUUUUUUU